AUGUCCAGUUACGUCUUCCUGAAACUCUGCGACUCGAUAAUCGCCUCUCUUGAUUCCAAACCCCCAGCCAACAGUAAUAACUUGAUGAAUUACAAUCCACUACCGCAGCUUCGCUCAAAUAAUGUCAAGAUCUUAAUUAAUGCCAGCCCUUUGACUGAUAAGAGACAAUUUACAGAAUACUGGAUCAAGUUGCCAUUGACUCAGCAUAAGUUACAGUCAUAUGACUACCACACAAUUCCUGGAAUGAACAUGACCAAUCUUGUGAUCAAUGGGAAAGUGAGAUUCAAUGAAAACGGAAAAAACAAAUUGGGGGAAUCGGCAGAAAUAAACCCAAUGAAUGGCAUGAUUGGGGGAAUCAACAACAAUAAUAAUAAUGCCAAUGAUAAACAACGAGCCAUUUGGGGCUCAUGGUUUGGCUUCACCAUGGUUGUAGUCAUCGAUGGCAUAAUCAACGAAAACACUUUGAAUUCUGAAUUCAUAAACAGUUUCAAUUAUAAAAUUACCUACAUUGCUGGUGAUUCAGUCAUGCAAGUGUGA